UGCGACUCCAGGCUGCUCCCUGCGCUGCUGCUUCCUGUGCAAGUUCGCAGAACAGGUCUUUGGUCCUUCUUCCAGAAUGGAUUAUUUCCCUGUGGUCGUCUCUCUGCUGUUGGUGCUUUUCCACGGAGCUCCUGGCACAGCUGUCCUGGGCGCAGAGCUCAGCACGGAUGCGGAGAACGGAGGGGGAAGCCCCUCCCCUAGUGCACCCUGGAGGCCCCACCGCUCCAAGCGCUGCUCCUGCUCCUCCUUGAUGGAUAAAGAGUGUGUCUACUUCUGUCACCUUGACAUCAUCUGGAUCAACACUCCCCAGCACAUUGUUCCCUAUGGACUCGGGAGCCCUUCUAGGUCAAAGCGAUCCUUAAAGGAUGUGUUGGCCACAAAGGCAACAGACCCCAGGAAGAGAUGCCAAUGUACCAGCCAAAGAGACAAGAAGUGCUGGAAAUUCUGCCAAGCAGGAAAAGAACUCAGGGCCCAGGACACCAUGGAGGAAGUCUGGCAUGGCCAUAAGAAACAAAAGGACUGUGCCGAACUCGGGGAGAAGUGCAUUCAGCAGCAGCUUGUGAAAAGAAGAAAACUAAGAAGGUUGGAGGCCGUCAGCAACAGCAUCAAGGCGUCUUUCCGGAUCGCGAAGCUGAAAGCAGAACUCCGCAGAGAGAAGAAAGUGACCCACAACCGCACGCACUGAUGAUCGGUCCCCUGGGCACGGGCCGGGGCCACACCCUCGCCGCGACAGCCGGGGUCCAGGCGGGAGCAUCUUCCUUGCUCGCAUCCUUCCUUGCUCCAGAUUCGCCAAGGCCCAACUUUCCAAGAAAGGCUAAGGAAGGCCCCUCCGAUGGAUCCACCUUUGUUAGCUUCCAGGGUGGUAACUGGGCCCGCCCCGCCUCGUUUGGCAUGAUGGUGGCGACUCAGAGAAAGCAGUGGGACCAAGUGACAUGCGCAAGAAGGGCAGCACCCCCAGAGGGAGGCGAGGAGAUGCCACCCCGGGGUGGGGUUUCUGAAGAGCCCGGGAGGCAGUGUUUGUGUCUGACUCAGGCGCCGGGCACGUUUCAGGGAGAAACUGCAAAGCCCCAUGCACGCAUUUUCUAAGGGAUGCACACAUCUAAAACACUUGAAGGACAGAGACUCGAGUGGAAAAAGAAAAAAAAUUAAAGACUUGGGUUUUUGUUUUGUUUUCAUUCAUAAAAAUGCAAAACUGAAAGAAACUGCUCUACUGUAAAUCGGGAUGUGUUUCGGUCUACCUCACCUGUAUUGCACUCUGGUAGAAAUGUAUGUCACCGCCUGGUUUUGCCUCUCUAAACUUGGCCCCUCCUGCCACGCCCUUUCUGUAUAACCCCCUGCUAUGUCUAGCCUCAUAGGAGUCUGGUCCAAGGUGUCAGUGGUAGAGAGAAUGUUUUCAUGGUCAUCUACAAGCUCUGAUCCAUAAAAGCAAAGAUCAUGGAACCGGGUGUUUCCCUUUGCCCUGACUUGUGGAAACACAGCAGUGUAGGGUUGUUCGUGAGAGACCUUGAACGUGAAGUCAAUGUGGGUUGUGUUUUAAAGCAGUAAUAUUAUUUUCCUUGAUGUAACUGGUUAAUGGAAGAGGCUGGAUUGAAUUUUGAUGUACUUAUUUUUUAUAGAUAUUUAUAUUCAAACAAUUUAUUCCUUAUAUUUACCAUGUUAAAUAUAUGUUGGAGCAGGCCAUAUUGGUCUAUGUAUUUUUUUAAUGUAUUUCUGAA